CUUGAAAGAUCACGUUUUGUACUUACUCUUUCGCUCUCUAACUCACACAAGUGGAAAAAAAAUGUUGAAAACGUUCCCCACCCAACCGCCGCCGUUCACGGUGGUCCUUCCCCUCACUCUCCUCCUUCUCUCAUUCCUCCUCACAGCAGUCCCAGUCUCCAGCUACCGUCCAUGGCCACAAAACCCCUCAAAAAACAUCUCCGACUACGCCCUCGGAGCCUCCAAGAAAUACGAGGGCUCAUCGGAGUUUGUUAAACUCCGCUACCACAUGGGCCCCGUCUUAACCAACAUCAUAACCGUCCACACAAUCUGGUACGGCACCUGGAAACGCAGCCAGAAAAAAAUAAUCCGCGAGUUCAUAAACUCAAUCUCCGCCAAAAACGCACCUCACCCUUCUGUUUCCAGUUGGUGGAAAACCGUCAUGCUUUACACGGACCAAACCGGGUCCAACAUCUCCAACACGGUUCACUUAGGCCAAGAGAAAAACGACCGGUUCUACUCCCACGGAAAAUCGUUAACCAGAUUAUCAAUACAAUCAGUCAUCAAAAGCGCUAUCACCGCCAAAACUAAACCCUUACCGAUAAACUCACGAAGCGGUCUUUAUCUUCUUUUAACAGCCGAUGACGUGUACGUUCAGGAUUUCUGCACGUCAGCAUGUGGUUUUCACUAUUUCACUUUUCCUUCACUUGUUGGUUACACUCUUCCUUACGCGUGGGUGGGGAACAGUGAGAGAUUCUGUGCGGGACAGUGUGCUUAUCCCUUCGCUGUUCCGCAGUUUAUACCUAACGUGAAACCGUUUAAGUCGCCUAACGGCGACGUUGGAGUUGACGGAAUGAUUAGUGUUAUUGGACAUGAGAUUGCUGAGCUGGCAAGUAAUCCGUUAGCGAAUGCGUGGUAUGCCGGUGGGGAUCCGAGUUUUCCGGUGGAAAUAGCGGAUUUGUGUGAGGGUAUUUACGGAACGGGAGGUGGUGGAUCUUAUACAGGACAGGUUUUGGACGGUCGAGAUGGUGCCACGUAUAAUAUGAAUGGUAUAAGGAGGAAAUAUUUGGUGCAGUGGCUUUGGAGUCAUGUUUUGAAUUAUUGUACUGGUCCUAAUGCUCUUGAUCACUGAUUAUCUUAAUCGGUGUAUAUGAUGUUAAUGAUAUAUGUCUCUGCACAGUUAUUAACUGAAUUGAUUUAAUCGAGUGCAUGAUCAAGAAUGAAAUAUUUUUAUUUUUAUUUAGUGUUUUGUGUUUUGGGCUUGUUAUGUGGGUUUGUGAUUUUGUGGUGGUGGCUAAGUUUGCUCAUGAUGCAAAUAAUGUAAUUUUUGUUGAAUAUGAUAUAUUAUAAAGCUUAGACAUUUGUAGUUACUGUAUGGUAAUGGAGUUUUCACUUUGUAUAAA